AUGUGAGUCAGUCAGUAUAGUACGUUAGUCAUCUUGUUUAGGGUCUGAAGUCUUAGUUUGCUAGGGUUAUUUGUAGUUGCAAUUUCUUUGUUAAUCUCUGAAAUUCCAGAGGAAGGGACAAAGGGUGAGAAACGUGGCACCAUUGUUUUCGAUUACAGGACUGCUCAGAACAUCUAAGAUGCCCAGUUAAUUCCAACAUAAACAGUUAUAUCAGUUGAAUAAUGGAAUCAAUAAAAGUCUCUCAGCCGAAAAGAACAAAAGAGGGUCCUAAACAAUACCCAUCAAAUGCUGUGGUGGAUGAUCCUUUUAGAGAUGCUGCUAUACACUUUGGAGCACACCUCCAGUUGAAAGGGCUGCUCCAAAAUGAAAAAAAGAAUUUUGGGUGUAUAGAGCGCACCGUGUUGUUUGAUGAGUUUACCAACCAUUACCAACCUCAGUACUGCAGCCAACUUGUGCGCAAGGAUUUGUUGGCAAAAUUAAUUAAAUAUCGUGUACUCAAACGGCCAUUUAAGGAUUUUAGCACACUGCGCAUUGUGAAACAUCCUAAUCCAAAUCAGGUGAAAGCUCCCACCAAAGUAACUCUACCCCGCUGGUAUGUUCAUCAAUCCGGAGUUCUGAGAGAUCGUCUUGUCCGCUCUGAAGUCAUCACUGAGGCCAGUUGUAGGCUAUGUAAUGUCUCUUUCUUUAACGAGGAUAGCAAGCAGCAACACAUUGAAUCGGACAUACAUAAGUUGAAGCUGCUGUAUCGGGAGAAUCGCUCGUCGUUUAAGUCGUCUGUGGAGGGUGCUAAGAUAAGCAUUAUAGAUGCAAACGAUGAGAGUGAAGUUGUGUUGCGAUGCGGUGAGACAAAAACUAUUACUGUCAAGGUCACAUUGGAUUCAAGUUAUACGACAGCCAACAUUUACAAGAUUGUAGAGCUGAGUGAGGUCAACAUCGAUGUCACAGAGUUUCAUAAUGAUAUGCCAAUUGAAGUGAAAGUAUCAGCCAUGUUUCCAGAGCCAGGAGCAUAUAUCUUCCCCUUGGCAGCAAAGGUCACGCCAGCACAGGUCUGCUUGCUCAAAGAUCUGGUGUUCUGGGUCGAAUCGGAGUUAAUGGACCAACUGGCACCAGUCAGCAAGUACGUUAAAAAGAAAAACAUUAUAAAGGAGAUGGAGGGGGCCAUCCUGACAGCAGAAGAAUUGAAAAGGGGUAGCAGCGGCCUAGACAACGUAGAACCACUGAAGCCUCACAAUGUGCUUAAUGUGUACAAUAAAUUACUACUCAAGAAACUGGAAACUUUUGAAAACAUGUCAUCGCAUGAAGAGAUUAUAUUGAAAAACAUCUUGGGGCUGUUGUGCGGGCAGAUGUCGUACCGGGAAGCCGUGAGUCAUAUUGGCCAGACUAAAACUCCCUACAUUGGCACUCUGAAUGCUCCUUCCUACUCUGAGAGAUUUGCACUACUUCUGGACCUGGAGGAAUUGCAACUACAACACCAAAUCAAAAAUUAUGAUAUGUGCAAUCAAACUUUGAAACCUUCUGCAACCAAUUUCUUCCUAAAAGUGCCAGAUCUAUCAGAAGGGCGGCCGUCUGUCUCCAGGAGUAACAAGAUACAUGUGAGACUGCAGCAAGACACAACAGUUACAUAUGAAGGAAUCAUUCAUGAGGUUAAGGAGGAUGGCUUAGUCCUUGGCUUCCACAAAAAGUUUAAAGAGGAAUACACAAAAUUGACAGAUAGUGGUUUGAAACCUAAAGUGGAUGUCAGAUUCACAGUGAAUCGAUUUCCAAUCUUGAAUAUGCAUCGGGCACUAUCACUUGUGAGCAAACACCAAGCUUUCUCAAUUCUGUUCCCCGAACAAAGUGAGCCUGAUCCUGCACCCAAUACAUCCACUCUCAGCCCUUGGGUUAAUCCGUUAAUAGAACAAAAUCCUGAACAAAAACUUGCCAUCAAACAAAUAGUCAACAAGACAUCAGGCGACGCUCCAUACCUGCUGUUUGGACCUCCUGGCACAGGAAAGACUGUGACUAUUGUGGAGGCCAUUGCUCAGGUGUGGCUCACUACAGAGACAAAGCGGUCCAAGCAGCUUGUAUGUGCGCCGUCUAAUGCAGCUUGCAACCUUAUUACAGAACGACUCAUAAACUCAUUGCCGAAGGCUAAAAUUCUCAGACUCUUCUCGUACUCUGCAGACCUGUCAGAUGUAUCUGAAUCCAUCCUGCUACAUUCAAACUACGACAGCACAUCUGGUUGGGUCAUUUUCCCUGAAUUAAAGAAGAUCUUGGAGAAUGACAUAAUUAUUGUCACAAUUAUGACAGCAGGCAGGCUAGUGACUGGAGGAGCAGAAGGGAUGUUCAAGUAUGUGUACAUUGACGAGUGUGGCCAAGCAUCUGAACCAGAGAGUCUGGUUGCCAUUGCUGGUCUGAUAACCACCAGGAAAAGGCACAUCUCUGGACAACUGGUGAUGGCAGGAGAUCCUGAGCAGCUGGGCCCAGUCUUGUCCUCUCAGCUGGCUAUUGACUUUGGGCUUGGAAUAUCCUUUCUUGAGAGACUUAUGAAGCAUGUUGAUUUAUAUAAGAAAGAUCCAGCCUCAGGGUACAACAACCAGUAUCUGACCAAAUUAGUUCAAAACUACCGGUCACACCCAGCAAUUCUAAGAAUUCCUAACCGGCUCUUCUAUGACAAUGAAUUAGAGAUCAAAGGAAACCCUGAUAUCAUCAACAUGGCUGUCGGGUGGGAAGUUCUCCCAAAUCCCCAAUUUCCUCUGAUCUUUCACGGUAUCCAAGGGAUUGAUGAGCGGGAAAGCAACUCACCAAGCUAUUUCAAUCGGCAAGAAAUUGACCAAGUCAUCACUUAUUUAAAGAAGCUAUUCAACUAUGGUCUGCCAAAUGGGUACAAGGUGAAAAAUGAAGAUAUUGGUGUCAUCACGCCUUAUAGAAAACAGGUUCAAAAGUUUCAUAAAGCAUUUGGCAUUCUUGGAUGGGAUAUCAAAGUUGGCUCAAUAGAAGAGUUCCAAGGAAGUGAAAAAUUAAUAGUUUUCAUCUCAACUGUACGGUCCAGUAUGGCACUGGUCGACGAAGAUUAUCGCUUUAAUUUGGGCUUCCUUAAGAAUCCCAAGCGAUUCAAUGUCUCAAUCACCCGAGCAAAGGCCUUACUGAUUGUAGUAGGCAACCCCAAGAUCUUGAGACAUGACAAGAAUUGGUACCAACUGCUCAACUACUGUCGCCAAAAUGGUGCAGUCGUUGGGAUCCCCUUUCCUGCAGAAGAGCCCCCACCGCAGCUUGACCCCCAUAUCGCCAGCUAGAUUAAAAAGGCUGUCAGCAGUAUGGAGGCAUCUUUCUUCAGAUUUUAUUUUUAGUCAAACUAACACAUCUAUUCUUAUUUUAAUUACAAAGAUUUAUCCACCAUUUUUUAAGAUAGCAGCUAUAACCAACACCAUUGUUAUAUUUUUUUAUGUUUGUAAGUGUGUGGUUUUUAUGAGACUUGUGUUUUAAAUGUAAGAAUUAUAUUGAAAAGCAACAUUAGAUAUCCAAUUAACCCUUCAAUUGCAGGGUUGUUGAUAUUCUGUUAAUACCUUACUACUGGGUUCUUUGCCGUACUGGGGGGUGGAAAAGAAAUAAUCUGGUUUUGUAACCGGUCCGUUCAUUUAAGCUAUGUACAUAUCGUUGAAUUAGUAAUUUUUGGGAUAUGUAGAAUAGUGCGAGGCUUGACAACUCACAUAGUCUGAUAUUGCACUCAGCUAACUGGUAGUGCUGUUUGCAAUGUCGGGCAAAAUUUCAUGUCAAGUAAUAAUAAAGAGAUAAUGUUUGACACUGUAAUACUACUGGAGUUCGAUAACUCUUUUGCAGAAUAGAAUAACACAUAUUUUUGUAUUAAAUAUUGUUCAUUUGGGAGGAACAUCUUAGUUGUGCAAGUUAACUCAAAUAAAGAAAAGACACCCAGCAAGUUCUAUAUAUUUAAAGGUAUUAUUGAAUGCGCUAGAUAUGAAUUUUUUUUAAAUACUUUAUAACUUUGCACUAUCUUAUCAUAUAUGUAUAAAAGAUUUAUAAAAAUCCAAAAUAUGCAAAAGAAGUAUGAUUUUAUCCUCACCAAAAAUAUAUAUAUAUAUAGUUUUAGUGGCUUUACUUUAAAAGUGUUAUGUUUUUAGAGCUUUUUGAACUUUAGUGUAAAAUCCAUUAAGAAUGUACAUAUUUUUAGCCAUUUGUUCAAUGGCUUUACAACACUGGAAAUUCAGCCUAUAUAUGGCUUAUUGUAUAUCUCUCUUUUCAGAAUUUUCCAAAUGAUAAUAAUAAAUUCUCUUCAUGAACAUUUUCUUACUUUCAAAAUUACUCGUAAAAAGUUUAACCUUGAACUAGCCUGAUAAGGAUACCGGUUCAGCUAAUACUUCUCUAAAAUCACUAGAUUUAUUCCUAAAAUUAAGCGUAACUUCAUCACACAUAUUACUAAUAACCAAAACAAAAUAUAAACUAAAAAUAAAUCAAUUAGACAGACACCAAAACACAACGAUAGCAGAUGUAACUAAUAAGACAGUCGGCCUAGUCAGCUGGUUACAGUCAAAACAGUUGCUUGCACAAGAUGUUUCUUCUAACCAUACAAAGAGGAAUAAAGUUAGAUUUAUUGAGUAAUAAUAUAUCUCAAUCGAAAACUCGUUUAUUCUGCCAUCGAUUGAUAUUUGGUUUUAAACCGAAACAUCGAAAAUACACAAAUAAUAAGCGAUUUCCAAAACGUCUUCUUACUAUACGGCAGUUGCCAGUUAACGGGUUGAAGUGAGAGCUCAGCAUGAAAACAAAUGUUUAUGUAUAGCAGUUGAGGGGUUAAUUAAUUUUAAGACACAAAUGAAUGUGUUAUGUUUUUAAUUUCUUGUACAGUUGGGUUCUUAAAAAACCCCAACAUAGGAUCAGCUAGAGUGGCAUUAGCAUUGACAGUUAAAAUAGACACCCAGUUUGUUACUUCAAAGUUUCACCUCAAAUGUCAGGUGUUAUAAAGGAAAUUUGGGAGACUUUGGCAGUUGCCUUAUUUAUACAUUUACUGUCUAGUAUAGCAUACCAAUUAUAACAUAAUAAAUUACAUGCAUUCAUGAAUUUCAUACAUUUAGAGAGAGAGAGAGAGAGAGAGAGAUUUAUGAUAUAUGAAAUCGAGAAAAUGAAAGAAAGUUUAAUUUUGUGUCUUUUUUAACAAUAUUACUCUUUAUUGUAAAAAAAUUACAUUUUCUAUUGAUCUAAUUUGCAUUAAAAUAUAUCUCUUUGCCCUGGAACUGGCAGUUUAAAAUACUGUAGUAGUUAGUGUUUUAGUUGAUUGAUAUUGCCUACAAUUUAAAAUUAUGUUUUCCCACUCUUGUCACUGCCUUAUUUAUAAUUAAUUUUGUUCAACAAAACCUGCAAAGUAUUAAAACAGCGAUGCAUUUAUAUAUUUUUACACCUAAGUUGAACCUUGGAAUAUAACACUACAUUCUACAAAAAAAAAAAUAUAUAUAUAUACAUUUGAUUCUAAAUUUGGAUUUUAAAAUUAUAUAAAGAAAAAUAACAUGGAAACCAUUUUGCAGAAUAGGAAACUUAAAAUUGGCUAUGCUAACCUGCUGACCAUUAGAAUUAGGUACUUUAAAAGUUUGAAACAAGAACUUCAUUAUUAUCUUUUUGAUCUCUCAGUAAACUGUUUUAUUCAUGUUUGUUUCAUUUGACACAAUAUAAAUUUGUGUUAUCACAAGUUAAUUAAAAUCAACAAUAUAUAUCAAAUCCAUGUGCAGGUAAACAUACCUCAUAAAAUCAAACAGAAUCAGAAUCCAAAAACAACAAUAAAACCAACACCAUGGAAUAAAUGCAAACCGUUUUAGCAACCAGAAUAAAAUAACAUGAAUUAUUAAAAGAACAAGAAUUGUCUCUCUGAUAGGAGACCAACUUAGUAAUAUAGUAUUAAAAUAUCAAUGACUGCCAUUACCAGGGUAAAGAUCAAACACACACUUGUAACAAAUUAAUAACAAUUUUUUUAACACUCAGUGUAUGGAGUGUAUUGGAUAAUUUUAUGCCUUUGAUAUGUUUGUUACCAAAUAAAACACUAUGAAAGACUGUAAUUAAACAUAGUCAUAAAACAUGUUUUAAACUAUUGUACUGUUAUUGUAUAUUGUGUACUUGUUAACAUUUAUAGUGAUGUUACAAUAUUAUGUAUUUGUUAAGUUUUAAUUAGCUUAGAAAGUUUUAUCUGUUUGAUAUUAUGCAUUUGGCUGUUUAAGUCAUAUUUCAAUAUUGUUACCUGUUUGUUUCUGUAAGUGGAUGACCAUCACUAAAGCAUUUAUCCAUCUUCCAGUUAUAGAAUAUGUUGUUUGCAUUUUGUGCUUUAUCAUAAUAAUUAAUCAAUACAAUAAUAUAUAAUAGUUAUAUAUUGUCCGAUAACAAUAUAUAAGUAUAUAAUGUAGACAAUGAAGUUCAAAUAUUGCAUUGAAAGAAGAAAGGUUGAGAAUAGAAUACAACCAUCUCAACCAGCACUGCAUAGUGGGCAAGGGGUUAGCUGUUUUUUGUCGGACUUUCGUUUUUGUCUUACCGUAACAGAAAAAUUAGGCUAACAGUUUUAUAUUUUUUAUUUCUGUGUACAAAUUUAAAAAAUAUUUCUUAUCUGAGUACGUUUAAUGGAACAAUUCUAUCAUUCACUUUAUAGCUCUGUUAACAAAAGUAACAUUUCUGUUCUUUUUUUUUUCCUUGACAUAUUCUAUAAUGGAGCAUUUACAAUUACAUCUUGUGUGAGUAAACCAAUUACAUAUUACUGUAAUUAUUAAGUCGGUAUAAAUCGUUGUUGAAUUAAGGACUGAAAUCGGUUACUAUUGUGACUUUAAAUAUGCACACAGUUGGUUGUUGCCUUUACUUGUAAUGUAUAAUUGCAGUAAUGUUGUGAGUUUUUAGUAUUUGUUGGCGAUUUUCAAUUCCAUGAUGAGUAUGAUGUUAUUUAACAAUAAGUUUAAAUUGUGAGGGUGCAUUACUACAAAUAUCAGUGUUACAGUUGGUCAAAUGAUAAUGUAAUGUAUUUUUAUAAACUAUAUUGUUAGCAAUCAUGUGUACUUGUUUAGCAGAUUUGUAAUUUUAUAACUUUUGUAAUCACCCACAAUAAUUAAGCUGUUAAUGGAACAAAUGUGUCAAUUAUUACAUGAUUAAAUGUUAUUUUCCAUA